AUGUCAGCUUCCGCUUUUGCUUCCGACAGCCGCGCCACGGAGCCCAGCAGCGCGUCUCCAGUAGACCCGACACUGCUCGCAUCACCACCGCCGUCGACAACAACUAAUACUACGACUUCUGCUGCUGCUGCUGCUGCUGCUGCGGCAGCGCCAGAGCCAGCUAUCGAUUCUCGCCUCUCGCCCUUCUCGGCUCCCUCAAAGUCGGUUCCUCCCUCGCCGCCCCAGACUCCCCUGAUAAAGCCGUCCGCCGUGCCUCCGCUGCCGGAUCACAGCCCUCACCCAACCCUCAAGCGGACCAACACCUGUCCUGGCCUCACGCCGACCUCCUCGUCUUCUUCGGUCUCUACCUUUGGCGUCAAGCCGUCGUUGGUGUCAGGGACUCACCACCACUACGGAUCCCAGUCACCCCAGCUGACGGAGCGGGACUCCAUCUUUGCUACUCACUAUUUGCCCUCGGAGCCGGACAACGAGCACGAGCAGGAUCAAGAUAGAGACCAAGACAGAGACCAAGAUCAGGAGACCCAGCAACACUCGCCAAACCAGGGAAAAUACGACUUCCGUCCUCGCCAGCUGAACAGAUAUGUGAGCUCGCUCUCCUCGUCUCUCGGUUCGGCACGAUGGCAGCCAGCUCCCUCGCCAGAUCCAACUCCAGAUGAUCGCAUGACCCACCACCACCAGCAACAGCAGCAAGAUCACCAGCAUCAAUUCCCAUUGCCCUCUCGCUCUCGCACAGUAGCCGACGUCUCCUCCCUCUCCAACCUCAAUAACACCGGUGUAAACAUCAAUUCCGGCAUUCCACUCACCUUUGACCGUCUCUCACCGCGGCCAUCGCCCGUCUUCCGCCCUCAGCCAGGUCCAAGCAGAAGUCGAGGCCACAUACAGGACCGGGACCAAAACCAGGACCAGGACCAAUAUCAGGAUCACGAUCAGAAUCACGACCAGGAAGAAUCAUCCUCUGGCACUGACACAAUGGCUCUCCUCGCUUCUCGGGACCUUAGCUCCCACCUUCAUACUCACCACCACCGCCAUAUUCACCACCACCAUCACCAUCACCAUAAUCAUCACCACAACCUUAUGCGCGGACGCACUUCCAGAGUCGAAAAGUCCAUUGAAGCUAGUUUGGCCAACGUCGAUCCCAGUGCCAAUGUUCGCUCCCGCAAGUCAAGCCACUACCUUGGGCUCUUCAAGGAGAACACCGGCGAGCCAGAACGCAGGAAAAGCAUUGCUCAAGACCUCGCCUCUCUUGAUGAGCUCCCCAGUGUGGGCGUAAGCACCCGGCCAGACACCGCAUCAGACGAAUCGCCAGCUGUCCCCAAGGAACUCCUCGACGAAAUCCGGAGCCGCCACCAGCAGCAGCAGCAGCAGCAGCAGCACCGCCGCCAGGAUGGUGCAGCAUCCGCCAAUGGAGCUCGACCAGGGUUACCAAGGUCUAUUCCAUCCCGUGACACUCGAAUGCUCUAUCCCGGUCACACGCUCGAGGGCUUCUCGCCAGACUCUGACUUUGCUGCAGCCCGACCUGGUCUGGCCGAAUCGGUGUUUGAGGACGAAGAUGAGGACAAAGAACGCAUAUCCUCUGCCCUUUACUUCCCGCACCAGCGACCCCUCGAAGCUGCAGACAAGGAUGCUGACAGCAAGCCGCAGCCGGAUCAGCCACUCUCGUCUUCCCCGGCCAACCUAAAGCCCUCCCUCAGCGACAGCAACCUGGUCGACAUCUCCCUCCUUUCAAAGACCGAAAAGAGCCUUUUCACUGGUGACCUGCGCAAGACCAUCCCUGAACCAAUUGAGCAGCCCGUCUCUUCCGCUGGCCCUCUCGCCGUCUCCGUACCUUCCGGGGCGGGCGCGGGCGCUGGCACUGUAGUGGUCGAACCAGCCACCGACAUCUCUGAGUCUGACUACAUCUCUGCUUCUGAAAGCUACACCUCCACCACUCACGAUGAACCAGACGACGACGAUGACCUAUCGUCCCACGACGAGGCGGCAGGCACCACUCCUCGUGGCACUCCCAGGCCAUCUCGCCCUCAGAUCAAGAAUCCUGUGUCUCAGCACAUACGGUCGCCGACUGCUCCCCUCGGUGCCGUCGAACUGAAACCCUACCGCCAUCAAGUCGGCGGCCACACCACUGUCUUCCGUUUCUCCCGGCGUGCAGUAUGCAAGCAGCUAAACAACAGAGAAAACCAGUUCUAUGAACGUAUCGAGAAGAGACAUCCCGAAAUGCUCGUCUUCCUUGCCAGAUAUAUUGGUGUUUUGAAUGUGACCUUCUCCAAGGGAUCGAAAAAACCCGGAAAGAAGGAUUCCAAGGAUACCAAGGAUGACAACGCUGCAGUUACAUCAGAGUCCGCAACAGCCGAGUCUACUACAGCUGUUGAUGCCCAAACCUCUGCUCCCGCUGCUACGGCACCGUCCGCGCCCAAACGCACGGAGUCUGGCAAGGCGAGCGGCCAACGCAUCUUCAGCCAGUCCCAGGUCACCGGUGUAAUACCCAAGGUCAUCCUCGAGAACAACCGCCACAUCAUCCCCUUUGACCUCUUCAUGACCCCCCAGUCGACCAAGAGCACCAGUGGCAGCGGGCAUGCCACACCCACCCAGUCUCGCUACGGCUCGCUAGAAGAUGUCUCCGCCAACCUCACCUGCUCCCCCAGGUCAACGCCGGAACUCAACGGCGAGUCCGACAAGCCUGCUGCUGAAGCAUCAAUGACAUGGGGUGCCACCACCGUCAACACAAAGCUCCAGGAACAAGUCCUGCGCGAAGUCUUCACCCCUCCCACCAUACACUCGCACCAUCAACGCCGCCAUCGUGGCCCAAGAAGUAUCCCCAAGCUACGAUCUGAUACCUCUUCUCUGCGUAAGGACGGCAAACCCACGCCCUUACAUAGAGGAUGCAGCGAACUCGCUGUUUCUGCAGCAGGUAACCCCGCGCUUUCGUCUUCAGCUACGGCUUCAAUGCAGGAGGAUGCAGCUACCCGUUUGGCUGGCCAGCGCCGUCGACGGAGACACUCGGGUUCCGGCCUCGAGAGGAAACGCAGCAUGAGCACCGGCCCCGGUGAUCUCAUGUUCUACGAGGACGAAGGAUACGGCGGAGACAAAGAGGAUGAGAUUUUCAAGAUGGAAGACGAUGUGCGUCCGCCUGUCAAGUCUGAUAGCGCAACUGCCAGCAGACACCAGCAGGUAACCCUUCCCGUCUCCCUGGGUACGUCGAACGGUGAACCCGUACGUCUACCCACAAACCCCAAGGAAGCCCAGACGACCGCCACCAGUGAGGAUCGUGUUCAAUUCUUCCUGCUACUUGAGGAUCUCACUGCCGGUAUGAACAAACCUUGUGUCCUCGACCUGAAAAUGGGAACUCGUCAGUACGGUAUCGACGCCGACGAGAAGAAGAAGAAAUCUCAACGCCGUAAGUGUCAGAGCACUACCUCCCAGCAGCUCGGUGUUCGACUCUGUGGCAUGCAGGUCUGGAACGUCGCCAAGCGCGAGUACCUCUUUGAAGACAAAUACUUUGGCCGUGAUCUCUCCUCUGGCCGCGAGUUCCAAGACGCUCUCACUCGAUUCCUCUACGACGGAGCAGACUACACCUCCGUCAUCGGCAAAAUCCCCAUCAUCCUCGACAAGCUCUCCCAGCUCGAGAGCAUGAUCGUCCGUCUACCCGGCUACCGUUUCUAUGCAUCAUCCCUACUUAUACUCUACGACGGCGACCGUGAUCGCUCCUCCAAUUCCCCUUCAUCUCUCUCUAAGGACUCAAAAUCCCACCGCACCAUCUUCGAAACACACUCAAACUCCGCCUUUCCCAACCCAUCAAACCUCACUCUAAAAAUCGUCGACUUUGCCAACUGCGUCACAGGCGAAGACGGCAUCCCGCCUACAUCCCGCUGUCCGCCUCAUAACCCCACAGAUAUCGAUAGAGGUUAUCUCCGUGGCCUGCGCACGCUACGCAUGUACUUCCAGCGCAUCCUACGCGAAGUCAGCGCCAUGGUUGGUGAAAACUAUGUCGAGCGCGGAGAAGGUGAAGCACUCUCCGCUGCACCAUCAAGUGUCGUUGGAGCCGGCCGGGAAAGAGGCGAGGCAUGGGCAUGGGACGAAGCCUUGGGCGAGCUAGAGGAGGGGGAGAUCAGUGUAUAA